AUGCAUAGGGCCUUGAAGGACCCCUUCCUCCAGCACUCCGCCUCCGCCGCCGCGGCCCCGGGCGCCGCGGCCGUGGCCGCGACCGCGACCGCCCGCGCGCGCGCGACGCGGCUGGCGCCACGACUCGUGCUCCGCGCUGGCGGCUCGCCUGAUUUGAAUGCGGCUAGUGCGCGCGCGUGCCCGGCGGCGGUGCUGGUCGGGAUCGACGCGGCGCCCGACACCCGCAUGUACGCCUACACCAACUUUUUUGGCGUCCUCGACGCCUCCGCGCUCGCCGAGGCGUCCGCUGCACUCGCGACCACGACGGCAGAGCGCUGCGACGGCGCGGACGGCGCCGUAGCGGCCGCCGCGCUGGCGGCGCCGCCGGUGAUCUUGUCUUAUAGCCAUUACCCUCUGGGCUUGAUCUCCUCAUCACCGAAGCCCGGGCUCUGGCGCGGCGGGGGGCGCGAGCUUGCGCGUAUUCUGGCCCGCCAUGACGUCACCGCCCACGUCAGCGGGCACCUGCACGACCUGGCGGGAAGCUUCAUGUACCGGCGCCACCUGGCGGGCGCCGACGCCUCGAGCCCGGGGUCGUCAGCAGUGGCUGAGUUCGAGGCGGGCGACUGGAAGGCGAAGAGGCGGUGGCGGCUGCUGGCGGUCGACGGGCCGGGGGUGACGGUGGCGGACUUUGACUUUGAGGGGCGGAGGGUGCGCAGCUUGGAGCCGUCCGCGACGGUCGGAUCGCACAUUGUCAUCAUAACCCAUGCCUCGGUCUCCGGCGGCCCCGGCGAGGCCGCCUCCACCGCCGCAGACGGCGGCGGCCUCCUCCCAAAUGCUCGCGCCCUCGUGUUCCCCAUCGCCCCCGCCGGCGGCGACGGCGAGGCCGCCCGCGCGCCUGCCGUCCGGUCCGCGGCGCUGCGGUGGGCGUGCGGGGCCGCGCCGGGCGGCGCGGCGGCGGUGGCGGGCGCGGUGCCGCUCACAGAGGGGACGCAGCACCCGGCCGUGGUCCCGGUGGAGGGUACAGCAGCGGAUCAUGUCAGCGGCAGCGGCGGCGAGGACGGCGGUAAUGGUGGCGGGAACCGGACGGACGCGUCUCUGCUGUAUGUGGGCGUGAUCGGGGGUCACGUCGCAGUGGGCUGCGGCCACAAGCUCUGGGCGCAGGUUAUGGCCGAAUGCUGGGCGCGCUGCGGCGGGGGGCGCGCGUUCACAGCUAUGGCCGCGUUCAGCGCCUUGCUGGUGGCAGGCCCGUGGCACCUGGCCCCCCUCAGCGGCGGCGAGGCCGGGCUGGGCGCGGUGUUCCCCUGGGGGCUGCUCAUGCGGCCGGCGGGCGGAGGGGCGGCGCUCCACAGAUGCGCGGACCCUUCACUGGGCGGGACGAUCAUGACGGUCGCCUGCUUCGCGCCGCUGACGCUCUGGCUGGUGGGCGGCGCGCGUGGGCCCUUUGGAUUCAGUUUACUGGGCGUUGAUCCAUCCCGGGUGAAGCGGCCAUGA